UGUUGUGACAUAUUAAUAAAAGCCAAGCAAUCAUUGAAUGUAUGACUGAAUGAGUCAACAGAGCUUUGAAGUGAUUGUCAUUUAAUUGUUUGUUUCACUCAAUUGUCUAUCAGUUGUGUAUUCAUUGACACCAAAAACACAUUCAAUUCAAUCCCAACUAUAAUUGAAAUCUAAAUUCAAUUUAAAUCCAAUGGAGAAGCAUUUAUUUAAUCUGAAAUUUGCGGCCAAAGAGUUGGACAGGAAUUCACGGAAAGCCGAAAAGGACGAGAAGGUGGAGAAAAUGAAGUGCAAGAAAGCCAUCCAAAAAGGCAACAUAGAAGGCGCCAGAAUUCACGCCGAGAAUGCCAUCCGUCAGAAGAAUCAGGCGCUUAAUUACCUGCGAAUGUCGGCCCGUAUCGACGCCGUGUCCUCACGAGUACAGACCGCUAUCACUACCAAACGGGUGACUCAAUCGCUGGGCGGUGUCGUCAAAGCCAUGGACUCCGCCAUGAAAUCAAUGAAUUUGGAGAAAAUAUCGCAAAUUAUGGAUAAAUUUGAGAAACAGUUUGAAGACUUAGACGUCCAGUCCUCGACUAUGGAGAGCGCAAUGUCGUCAACCACUACCAUCACUGCGCCCGAGAAUCAAGUGGACUCUCUUAUGCAACAGGUGGCCGACGAGGCCGGACUUGAACUGAAUAUGGAGUUACCGGCGGGUGAGAUGGGUUCGUUCUUAUAA